AUGGCCGCUUCAUCCAGCUCCGGCCCAGAUCUUGGAGCCUCGCAGUCAGCAUUCCUUGCAGCGGGACUGAAGCCAUUGUCAGCCCGAGAUGCUCACCUAAGGUCUAAGGCCCUGGAUGCUAAUAGGAAGUGUGCCUUGAAGAAGUGGGUUACGCUUGUUUCCUUGGAUUUUAACGCCUGGGGUGUAGCCAAGCAAGCCAUGGGGCCUUUCGAUCCCAAAUUUGCCACAGGAGGCUUGGUGGAAAGUGUGCGGGACUGUCUUGCAGACAAAGCCACAGCUACCUUGCACCAACGCGUGGGACCCAUCUUCAGAUACGUGCACUUCUGGAAGCUUCAGUUCGUAGUGUGCCUGCCUGUGAGAGAGCACCAGCUCUACGAUUACUUCAAGGCAAAUCCGAAUGCGGCCCCGACUUCGUUCAGGUCGCUGCUUAUCGCUUUCAGCUUCGCCAAACAUCUGCUAGGCUUGAUCGUGUUGGACGAAGCCCUGAGCAGCGGGCCUGCUCUAACCGUGGAGCAAGUCAAGCGACUCGAAGCUCUCGUGCUCAGCCUCAUGGCGCGGCCAAUGGACCGUUUCGCGAUUGAUUCAGCUUUGAUUGAUGGCGUGGAAUCAGGGAAGAUCCGCUCCCUUCCCAUCGCUGUUCCGUUGAAAUGUGUAGGAGGCGGGUGGACAAGACUUCCGCUUAAGGUCUCAAGUGGAGGCGCCUGGCUGAGAAGCUUGAUUCCUGGCGCGAGUGCAGCACCUGGCGACGUCCAGAUCGCGACCCACUCUUGUAAGAGUACACCGCUCUCCUGGAUGGCGAAAAGAGGCGUGCCGGCCGGCCCUCGUCGCACUCUGGGUUACCACGUGCCGCGUAAGGACAAGUCGUUAAUCAUUUAUGCCAGGGAUUCACUAGCGGCUCCAUUGCGCGAGCUGGACCAGGUAAUCGACGAGAUUGCCUCCGGUAGAUUCAAGCCGGAUCUCACUCGAAGUGGGAUGAUAGCCAAUUUUGCAGAUCCACAGCUUCCACCUGAGAAUGAGGAGGAGGCUGACGCCAUAUCAUCGAGCUCUAGCGAGGCGUCCGAUGAUGAGGAAGAGGCCCCCGUGAGUGACGAGGAGCAGGCCUUGGAGCAGAUCGCCGGUCAGUGGGGCCCCGAGCCCGGCGACGGGCCUUGGGCUCGUCACAAACAGACUAGGUUCUUGCACAAGGUGAGAGAUGAGGCGAGAGCCAAGGACAUCGGAGUUUCUGAUGAGAGCUUCGCGAAGCUUGAGGCGGAGGGACUGACAACGAUGGCAACUUUCGCCUUCUGUUGUCAUUUCAACCCGUCGGCGACAGACGAGAAACCUCUCACCGACCUGGUAACCAAGGUUCUCGGUGCUGCGCCUUCCCUUAAAGAGAUGAGUUGCUUUCGGCGUCUGUUCGCCGAGGCAUACGCAACUGUUGCAUCCGACAUCCGAUCGCAGGUGGAAGCAACAGAAGACUCAUCGAUCAAGAAACUAGCUCCAGCAGACAGGGCCGAACGUUUGCGGGAGCAGCAGUCCAGACUUAAAGGUCUCGACUUGAGGGGCAAUAUGGAGCCAGGCGACUCCUUGAUUGAUCGGGCUGUGGCAAUCUACGAAUCUGACAGACUCCAGUAUGUGGAGUGGCAGCAUUCUGUUAGCAGACAGCAUGAGCUUCUUACAGGGCUCAAGAAGGAUGCUUCGCUUACCUUGGACUCUGCAGGCGGCCUAAAGAUUGCCAGCAAGCCCAACGUGACUCCUUGUGAUGUGUCCACUGACAUGAUGGUUCGCUACGCCUUAGUGCGAAGGGGCCUAGCCUUUGAACAGGCGAACAUCUUGGCGUACCAUUUGCACGAUGAGUUGCUUGAAAAGUACAUGUCUUUCAGGCUUAUGGACCCUCCUCCGAAUCAUGCGCGAGUGAGCUUGAAACAGAUUGAGCAAGCUGAUCGUCAAUUCACCAUGUUGCUCGCGGAACACACCCGCGGCGGCAUCAAGGUGAAGGCAGGAGGAUCACGGCCAUGUGACGGCGCUUUCCGCAAAGUGUUUGAGAGCACUGAGUUUCUUUCAAUGCUGACUCCGAGGCCUCUUGCAGUAGGCUCAGGAGCAAGCCGCGAUGGUUCCUCAGGCGAUGAGCCCCCGAUCAAGCGCCAUAAGGGCAAUGGCAAGGGUGCGACAGAGGACUGCACCUGUGCGCAGUCAAAGGAUGCCAUAGAGGGUGGACACAUCUUCGUCGUGCAUCCUGAGGGUCCAGAUCAAACCUUCUACGAAGAUGCAUCAUGGGCUCCAGAUCUCUUCUGGUUGCGUUUACCGUGGGUAUCCACUGAUUCGGCGCCGUUGACUCAACCGAGUCCGGCCUUCCCCUCCGCUGAAUUGCCUGCGGACGGGCCUCUAGUGAUCGAGCUGUGCGCCGGGUCCGCCAUCCUCAGUCAGACAGCCGCCAGCCGCGGCUUUGCAAUCAUGCCCGUGGAUCAUGCUCACAACCGCCACACACCUAAGUGCAAGAUGGUCAAUCUGGACUUGACCCAGAGCCAUUCCUGGGAGGUCCUCAAGUUUGUCAUCAAAUCCCGUCGUGUUGCCAUGGUGUUUGCGGCUCCGCCUUGCGGCACUUGCAGUGCUGCUCGUCACUUUCGCCCGGGCCCCCCAGUGCUCCGCACCACUUCACAUCCGUGGGGUGUCCCGUGGGCCUCCACCAGAGAUUGUGUCAAGCUCAAAGCUGCCAAUGCCAUAUACAAGCAACUAUGCGCUUUUCUUGAAUUGUGCGAUCAGCACUCUGCUUGCGCUUUCGGCAGCGAACGAGAUAAGAAAACAUCUUUCUUGUGCAGCAGCUCGGGCAUCUCUCGCAUGGCUCUGAUGUGCCCAGGCUGUAAACAACAUGCAACGUGGGGCCUUACUUCUGAUGACACCUUCGCCACAGCGGAGGAAGCAGCUUAUCCUCCGGCCAUGUGCCAGGCCUUGUGUGAUGUCUUUGAGUCGGAGGCUGCCAGGCUCAACUACGUGUUGGGCUCGGCUCAGCCACUUUUGGCUCGAGCCCAUAAGCAGCCGCGAGGACGCCUACACCCACAGCUCUUGUCAGAGCACGCUGCAGUUCUAUCCCGCCUCCUGCCCCGGGCCCCGCCUCUUAAUCACAAGCGAUGUCUUACGCAGGAUGUGCACGGUGUCCCCGCAGGGAGCAAGCUCUUGCGUUCCGAAAAUAGGGGGAAUAAGGGUCUCUUCUGUGUUUUCGGGGUCUUUAGGAGCCCAGAGUCUUUCGUCAGAGAGGCCAAGCUGCUAUAUCAUCCUUUUGACUCUCUUGCGCAGUUGCCGGACUACUUGAUCAAAUCCCUGUUUGAGCAGCUGACAAAAUCCCCUGCAGAGAUCUGCAAGUUGAGACUUCUUCGUCUGCAAAAGUGGAGGGCCAGAGCGACUGAGCUGGCGCCAGUCGAGCACGCUCACCGUGCCAAGAUGCAACCGUCCGUGAAGGAGAUCCUCGCCAACAAGCGGACGGCGCUACUGGAGGAGAUGGCGGCCGAAAUAGACUGGCCCGACAAGGGUCUCUUCUCUGAGAUGCGCCAAGGCUUUCGCUUGGUUGGGUGCCUGAGCCCUUCUGGUGUGUUCAGGGAAGGAGGGUACCUCGCCUCCAUCAGCGAAUCCGAGUUGAUGGAAAAUGCAGACAGCAUCAGAGCUUCUCUCCUGGCACGUGUGUCAGCCGAUCCUCUUGACGAGAACGCCGAGGAGCUGUACGAUGUAACUCUUCAGGAAGCUACCCAGAAAAAGUGGUUGGACGGGCCGAUGACCCCAGGAGACAUUGGAAAGAGAUUCGAGGCGUGGAUCCCGGUGCGCCGCUUCUGUGUUGUGCAAAAAGGACGCUUGAGACCGAUUGACGACUUCAAGGAGAAUCUUGUAAACCAAGCCUGCUCUACGAGCGAGCGAAUCGUGCUUCAGGCGAUGGACCAUCUUUUAUGGUCUCUUUCCGUGUUGUGCCACUUCUACCGGAAGCGAGGAGCAGUCGACUUUACCUUAUCCUCCGGAGAGAGACUGACAGGUCUCGUCCAUCCUGAUUGGCAGAAGCCGGGGGCGAGCAUGCAAGUCGCCACAUUGGACUUGAAAUCAGCAUACAAACAACUACCGUUGAACCCUUGCGACUUCGACAAAAGUGUGGUGACCUUGAAGGAUCCCAAGACAGGAUCCAUCUCGUGCUUUGUCAUGCGCACGCUUCCAUUCGGAGCGUUGGCCUCGGUGUACCACUUUCUGCGAGUCAGUUUGCUGUUGCAUGCCCUAGGGUGCCACUUGGGAGCGUGCUGGUCAGCAUACUUCGACGACUUCCCUAUGGCGACUCACUCGCUGGUGGCCACGUCAACUUCGGCUUUAGUUAAGGGUUUCCUUAAGCUAGCGGGGUUUGACUUUGCAGAGGAGAAAUGCACCCCCUUCUCUUCGGGUGUCGAAGUCUUGGGAGUUACUCUGGAUGUGUCCCAGAGCUCGGAGGGCCUAAUCAACAUCAGGAACAAGCCGUCGCGGUGUGAGGAGCUUAAUGCAGUGAUCGAGGAAGUGCUCAGGGACAAGGCCUUAGUCCCUUGCCGACUGCCGUCCUUCAUUGGCAAGCUCCAGUUCGCCGACGGCCAAAUAUGGGGCCGAGCAGGGCGCAUGGCCAUGCACGACCUUAGGUCUUUAGGGUUUACUUCCAGGAUUCCGGUCUCCCUUGAUGCCAGCGGGAUCGAAGCGCUUAAGAUUCUUCAGCAAAGAUUGACGCAUGGAAAGCCUCGUGUCAUCCGGGCUGGGUGGAAAGAAAAGCCGAUUCUGCUGUUCACAGACGGAGCACUGGAGGAUGAUAACCUUGAUCACGGACCGGCUACUGUGGGGGCGGUCAUGUUUAAACCGAAUGAGCCCAACGCUUACGCUUUCGGAUGCGAGGUGCCGGCAAACGUACUGUCUCAUUGGAGAUCCGAUGGCAAGAAACAUGUCAUAGGUCUUGUGGAGCUUUACGGCGCCAUUCUGGCUCUUCGGCAUUGGCGCAAACACUUGGACGGCAGCCGAGUGAUAUUGUUUGUCGACAAUUGGCCAGCACUUGAUACUCUUGUCAAAGGAGAUGCAUCCGUCGCGAUUUGGCGGGAAAUUCUUAUGAUCCUUGAAAACCCGCAGGAAGCUUCACCGUGCUAUUUAUGGAUAGCACGUGUGCCAUCCGCGUCCAACAUUGCAGACGCCCCGAGCCGUGGAUCGCUUGCCGAGCUUAGCCACUGGUCUGUACGCGUGGAAGUGCCCAGGUGUCCGCUGUCGAAGGUUGCUCUGAAGUCGAUUGUGUCUCAAGGCUAA